AUGGAAGCAGUAAAGUCAAUGCCAUCUGCUCUGGAUUUUGAAUUAGUAGCUCGUUGUUCUACCACCAAAGCCCGCGCCGCUGUCCUCACUCUUCCUCAUGGACCCGUCCAACUCCCACUAUUCAUGCCCGUGGCCACGCAGGCUUCACUCAAGGGACUGACACCAGAGCAGUUGGAAGGAACGGGAUGCAGAUUAUGUCUGAAUAAUACCUAUCACUUGGGAUUGAAGCCUGGACAAGAAGCACUGGAGGCAGUUGGAGGGGCGCAUAAACUGCAAGGAUGGAAACAUAACAUCUUGACUGAUAGCGGAGGUUUCCAGAUGGUCAGUCUCCUCAAGCUUGCGAAUAUCACAGAAGAAGGCGUCCGAUUUCUAAGUCCCCACGAUGGCACACCUAUGCUCCUCACACCAGAGCACUCAAUUGCCCUGCAAAACACCAUAGGCAGCGACAUCAUCAUGCAGCUAGACGAUGUCCUUGUCACCACUUCACCGGAUACGAAACGAAUGCGGGAGGCUAUGGAGCGGAGUGUGCGAUGGCUGGAUCGUUGUAUAGCGGCACACAAGAACCCGACUACCCAGAAUCUAUUUUGUAUCAUUCAGGGAGGUCUGGAUCUGGAGAUGCGGGAAGAAUGUUGCAGGGAGAUGGUUGCGAGGAACACACCUGGCAUAGCAAUCGGCGGCCUGAGUGGUGGGGAGGCAAAGGCGGAUUAUUGUCGUGUGGUAAGCACAUGUACAGGUCUUCUCCCAGAGUUGAAGCCGAGAUAUGUUAUGGGUAUUGGCUAUCCAGAAGAUCUGGUGGUUAGUGUGGCGCUGGGUGCAGAUAUGUUCGAUUGCGUCUGGCCUACACGGACUGCCCGAUUCGGAGAUGCUAUCACGAAGUAUGGUGUUUUGAAAUUACGCAGUGCAAGCUAUUGCAACGAUUUUGGUCCUGUGGAGGAAGGCUGUGGGUGUGUAUGUUGCCGGAAAGGGGACGGUGGUCUGGGAGUUACACGGGCGUUUGUGCAUCACCUUACUGCUAAAGAAACGGUUGGGGCCCAUCUGCUUACUAUACACAAUGUCUGGUAUCAGUUGGCGUUGAUGAGGAGUGUGAGGGAAUCGAUCAUAGAGGACAGGUUUCCGGCGUUUUUGAAGCAGUUCUUUGCGGAUUUACAUGGCGGGGAUAAAGCAAAAUAUCCCGACUGGGCUGUAGAGGCGUUACGGACAGUGGGUGUUGAUUUGAUGAUGUAG